AUAAUGUCGUCUAUGGGCGCAGCGCGUUAUUUUAAUGUAAACAAGCUGUGACAUCAUUCUGUAUUGGAAUGUCGGUGUCGUGCAAAGGAAUAUUCGUGGUUGGGGCCAAAAGGAGCCCUUUCUGUAAAUUCGGCGGUGUAUUACGAGACACACCAGCUAGCCAUGUGUUCGCAGCAACUGCAAAAGACGCUAUCGAAACAGCAAAACUGGACCCCAGUCUUAUCGAUCACACCAUUGUGGGAAACGUGCAUUACUUGAGUCAAUGUGACGGUGGAAAGACACCACGUUAUUGCGGCAGUUAUUCCGGAGUGCCAAUAGAUCGCCCUGCUUUAGGGGUGAACAAAGCCUGCGGAUCAGGAUUACAAGCUGUUAUUACUGGAGCGCUGGAUAUUUUAACGGGAGUUGGAAAAGUAUCACUAACAGGUGGCACCGAAGUCAUGUCGGCUCUUCCAUUCUUGGUGAGGCAAGCGAGAUUCGGCACAGCUUUAGGCAAGAGCUACCUCCUUGAGGAUUACAUACAGAAGGAGUUCCUGGAUAGUUACACCGGGUUGACCUUAGCGAGGAUGGCAGAAGAUUUAGCUUUAAAAUAUGGAGUAUCUAGAAAGACCGUCGAUGAAUAUGCUGCGCAAAGUCAUUUGAAAUGGAAGGCAGCUCAAGAAUCGAAUAUGUUUGAUGAUGAGGUAACGAAAUUAAAUUUGACGGUUAAAAAGAAACAAUUCGUCGCCAGUAAAGACGACCUACCCCAACCAGAGAUAAGUGUGGACUACCUGGCUGAUCAACCAACUAUAGUAGAAGGAGCGUCGAUUGUCACUGCUGGAAAUUCAUCGACACCAGCGGAUGGCGCAGCAGCGAUUCUCAUCGCUGCCGAGAGCACAGUUAUCCAGAACCAUUUGAAUCCACUAGCGAGGGUAGCCGCAUGGGCAUGCGUAGGAACUGAUCCUCAGCAGAGUGGCCUCGGAGCAGUGCUGGCUGUGAGGAAACUUCUGGACACUACAGGACUUAGUGUUGGCCAAGUGGAUUUGUUUGAGAUAAAUGAGACAUUCGCAGCACAGGCAGUGGUGACGGUAAAGGAUCUGAAAGUCGACAGCGAGAGAGUCAAUGUGAGCGGCGGUGCCGUCUCCAUGGGCAACCCAGUGGGGGCAACCGGCGCCCGGAUGAUGGUCCAUCUUGUGCACCAAUUACGUCGUCGCAACUUGGGACGGGGUAUAGUUGCAUCGUGCUGUGGAGGUGGCCAGGGCUUAGCUGUACUCGUUGAAUCAGUAUAACCCUGAAUUCUCUAUAAGUCCCCAAACCAUAUGAAUUAAAAAAGGAUGAAGAUUUGUUUUCGUAUAUUAGGAAUUUUGUGAAUGUUAAAUCAGAAUUCGAAACUUGCCAUAUGCAAUAUUGUGAAGUGUGAAUUAUUGGGAAU